AUGAAUCAUCCUGAGAUGCGCGAAAAUGGUGAGCUGCCUCUAUUGAAGGCCGCCACGUGUGGUCCUGAUCGGGCAAUGUACGUCAUCCGCAAUCAUGGUAUGUCAGUCACUGCCACAUCUGCAGAAGAUAACAUGACACUCCACUGGGUGGCAGGUAUACCUAACACAAAUUAUCUUGUGAGAUAUCUGAUCCUGUCGGGUGCCUCCACGACGCCCGAGGUGAACAUUCAUGUUGAGUCAGAUCUCACUUUGGCCUCCCAUACGGUUGGUGGCUAG